ACUUGCCAUAUGACGUCAAAAUUUGUUUCGUUCCCGUUAAAUAGGAGCCAGUCAAAUGCAGAUUCUAAUUACAUAGAACAAUUAAUUUGUUGAAGAUUCUGUUUCUCUCUCAUCAGUGAUGGGGUGGAAGAGUGAUCUUCUAGUGUGCACAAGCUUAGAAUGCGAAACAGGGGAGGAAAUGCUUAUAUCCAUGGACUUAGCCAAGAAACAAGGCGCAGAUAUUGUGGAACUCUGCGUUGCUUCUCUCUCUUUCUCUCACAUUUCUGAAGUUGAGCAGCUUCUCAAGCUCAGGAACUUGCCUUCAAUCGUCUCCCUCGGAUGUACAGAUCAACGAAGAAGACAUUCUAUCAUAGAGGCCACGUGGCUUCAAAUUCUAAACCGGGCCGUUGCUGUGGGCGUCGAAUUUGUAGAAAUUAAUCACGAGGUGCGCGCUUGGGAAAUUGUUAGCAAACUGAAAAGACAAGUAUCCAAUACGAAGGUGAUCGUCUCGAAUUAUGUAAAUACGGGAAAUUUGACGGCGGAAACACUGGGCGAUUUGAUCGUGGACAUGCAGUCUGCAAAUGCAGAUAUCAUUAAACUCGUGAUUAACGUUGAUUCCAUCACCCACGUAGCCCCCAUUUUCCACGUGCUCACUCACUGCCAGGUGCCACUGAUUGCUAGAGCUGUGGGGGAUAGAGGCCUCAUCAGCCAACUACUGGGCCCCAAAUAUGGUGCAUUCAUCGUCUCAGGCAGCCUAAACGGCAAAACCGAACCAGGACUGCCGCCUUUAGCUAGCAUCAGACAGAUAUACAAACUACACUACAUGGAUUCCCACACUAAAAUAUUUGGCGUUGUCUCAAAUCCAGUCGGCCACAGCAAAGGCCCUCUUCUCCACAACCCUGCCUUCAGACACACGGGCUACAACGGCAUCUAUGUCCCCCUCUUAGUUGAUGACAUCAACGAAUUCUUCCGAGUUUACUCCUGCAAUGACUUUGCUGGCUUUAGUGUGGGCAUACCUCACAAGGAGACGGCCGUGAGCUGCUGCGAUGAAGUCGAUCCACUGGCUCUGCUGAUAGGCGCUGUCAACACCAUCAUCCGGAGGCCCUCCGACGGCCUCCUCGUCGGCUACAACACCGACUGCGAGGCCUGCAUAACCGCCAUUGAAGAUGCAUUCAGACAACGCCACAACGUCAAUGGACAUGUGUCACCAAUUUCUGGGAGACUGUUUGUCUUGAUCGGAGCCGGUGGGGCCGGCAGAGCAAUGGCCUUCGGAGCUAGGAGCAGAGGGGCCCGCGUCGUCAUCUUCAACCGCAGUUUUGAGAGAGCAAAGGCUCUUGCUGCAGCAGUAUCUGGUGAAGCUCUGCCCUACGAGUGCUUGAACGAAUUCCGGCCCGAAAAAGGGAUGAUUCUUGCUAACUCUUCUGCUAUUGGGAUGGACCCAAAUCCCCAACAAACUCCCAUUUGCAAGGCUGCCUUGACGUCGUACGAGCUGGUUUUUGAUGCGGUUUACACACCGCGGAACACUCGGUUAUUACAAGAGGCUGCGGAGGUUGGAGCCAUAGUAGUGAGUGGUGUGGAGAUGUUCAUCAGACAAGCUCUUGGUCAGUUCAAACUCUUCACUAAUGGAUUAGGUACACAUCUCUGCUUCAGACACUGCUUGCUGCUUUUUGCCUAUGAUGGAGUAAGUAUGUAACUGUAUUACUAUGUUGAAUGUGUGCAGCACCAGAGGAAUUCAUGCGCAAGAUUGUACUAGACCAAUUCUGAAGCUUCCCGCAUUCAACAAAACAGAUUUGAGAUUUGUGUAAAGAAAUUAGAGCAAUUCUGAAUUGUUCCUACUUUUCAGUUUCUAAAUUUGCCUAUGUCUCAAAAGAUAUAUAUACAUGAUUUGCAGCAUUUGCAUAA